AUGAGCACUUCACACCAGUCGGCCUUGCCACUGUCCGCUCAUGACUCUCCAGUAUCUCAAUCGGCAUCUUCACCCGCUCAAAGGAAUGCGCGCAGCAAUUUCCCCGAUAUGCUAGGCUCACCACCAGUCCCACCCCCGAGGGUCUCAUCUACGCACCACAGCCGUCGCAGCCCCAAUGGUUCAUCGGGAGAAAAAGGCUCUCGCCAAGGUAAGAGCCGCGGUGAUCGUAAAGAAAAUCGCGAUCGAUCGCGUGAUGACCGCAACGGCAAAAGCCGGUCCCGUCGCCCGGAUCCUCUUGAAGAGACAACACGGGACUCGGGCAGGUCGAGAGCAGCCCCCGUUUCCGCCCCAGAGAUGGAACUUGACACAGAGAACGCACAUGGGACACCUGUUGUGAAGGAGUCGAGUGCAGUCAUCAACUCAAUACAGGUCAGCGACCCGAUCGUGGACCAGGAGAGAGAGCAGGUGCGACAAGUGAGCGCGUCCCCGACAGCUCCGCCUGGAGAUGUCGCUUCAAGCUAUCCUAAUGAAUCCGUUGAGGAUGGAACUCGAACUGGGCACCGCAGUCGCCACGACUACAGCAACAACGGUAACACUGUUAAACGCAAAGAGACGACUUUCGGCCAUUAUAUUCUAGGUCAAACCCUCGGCGAGGGCGAAUUUGGAAAGGUCAAGCUGGGAUGGAAGAGAGACGGGAGCAUUCAAGUCGCAAUCAAGCUCAUACGUCGGGAUACUCUUGGAACGAAUCCGAGUCGGCUGCCAAAAAUCUACCGAGAAAUUUCGAUUCUGCGCGAGCUCGCCCACCCUAAUAUUGUUCGCCUCCACGAGAUGGUGGAAACUGACCGUCAUAUCGGUAUUAUUAUGGAGUAUGCAUCUGGGGGUGAACUUUUCGACUACAUCCUGAACAACCGCUACCUUAAAGAUAACUCCGCGCGUCGGUUAUUCGCGCAACUCGUUUCUGGCGUUGGCUAUCUGCAUAAGAAGGGAAUCGUGCACAGAGAUCUCAAGUUGGAGAACUUGCUAUUGGAUCGGAAUCGGAAUAUCAUUAUUACUGAUUUCGGCUUCGCCAACACUUUCGAUCCGCUUGAUCCAUUGGAGGAGGAGAUUGAAUACAAUCUAACCAAUAAAGAAUACGUCAAGCGGAAACGGCUGGACAAACUCGGUCCCACCGGAGUUCGACGCGGUGACCUCAUGCAAACAAGCUGUGGUAGCCCUUGUUACGCUGCCCCGGAGUUGGUCGUGAGUGACUCGCUAUAUACUGGGCGCAAGGUGGACGUGUGGAGUUGCGGUGUCAUCCUGUAUGCGAUGUUGGCUGGCUAUCUUCCCUUCGAUGACGACCCAGCAAAUCCCGAUGGAGACAACAUCAAUCUUCUGUACAAAUACAUUGUCACUACACCUCUCACAUUCCCCGAAUAUGUUACACCACACGCCCGUGAUCUCCUUAGGCGCAUACUUGUCCCGGAUCCUCGCAAACGUGCAGAUCUCUUCGAAGUGGCUCGUCACAGCUGGCUGAACGAGUACUCACACAUCGUCUCUCACAUAACUAGCAGCACCACCAAUGUUGCAGACAUCGCCAACACAACUGUCCCAGCCGAGUCUCAACCGGAAGCGCCCACUCUGGCACGCAGCGCAUCGGUUCGCGAGCCACCGAAGACACACCAAAGUCCCGUGGCAGCCGUCGGUGGGCUCAACCACCACGCUGGAGACAUUUCGCAAGAAUCGCCAAGCGAGAAAUCGAAGACAUCCCGCGAUGCAAAGCGCAGAACAGUUCAAGUGGAAUAUGUCGCUCCGCAGUCCCAGACUGUACGAGGAGAAUACCCUGCAGAUACCGAGUCACGCCCUCGCGGCUCUGCUCAGACGGAAGAACAGGGUCCUCCAGUACCCGAGAAAUCAGCGGAGCCAGUCCCCAUCAAAGCCAAGGAGAAGCCGCCUGUCAAUUACGACAAGCCUUUGCCAGGACAUUUCCCUCGUUCCACUUCGGACAACGUGGCUAUCACUGGAACCCAUACCACCACAGUUCCCUCAAACGCAAGACCGACAACAGGUGGUUCCAUGGCCUCCUUCAAUACUGGUCGCCUGCCUUCACGGGGCUCAUAUGGGCAGCCAGUGGCCCCCACAGUUACCGCAACUAACACCGAGGGUCGUCUAGCACAGCCAAAGAGCCGUCAAUUCGCCCUUGGUCAGAAUCCUGCACAGGCAUCGACUACCUCCAUCGGCCGCCCCAGUACUCAGCAACUUCCUUCAACCUUCAAUCCUACUCCCCGGCAAGAGCCUCCCAAGGGGCAUAAGCGAUCGAACACUGUUUCUAGCCUUGGCGAAAAGCUUUUCGGGCGCACCGGUUCUAUUCUGAGUGGCCGCAACUCACAAAAUACUGCAGCUCGUUCUCGGCAGAAUAAGCGUUAUCCUCCCACCAGCAUGAAAGAGACCCUUCCCCGAGAAGAUUCUCGCGUUUCCAUGGAUUCUCGACGGUCUAUGCAGUAUGGCCACAAUAGGAAAGCUAGUGAAGCUGGCGGUGAGGGCCGUCCUCGUCGCUUUUCUCUUCUCCCCCAAUCUUUCUCCAUCCGAGGCUUUGGGCGGGCUCAAACCCCCGAGGAAGCACCACAGACCCCCCGACCUGUUGACCCUCGUGGCCCCCAGCGCCCAGCCACUGGACCAGCUACUGGCCCAUCCCCAACCCGACCUCGUGCGACGAGCUAUGGAACACAAGAUGCCAUGGGAAUCGUCAAUGAAGGACCAUCAGACGAGGUCCAUGAGACUCCCCAAGAGAAUGAUCCACUUAGCUAUGAAACUCAGAUCGAUCAACAAUUUGCGGAGCUUGGGUCUCGGUUUGACCAAACACAGGACUCAUUUGGAGCCAUCUCUUCAGAACAGGUCUACCAAAACGAUGACCAAUACCAAGGAAACAACUACACAUAUUCGUCGAAGCCAAACUACUACGAUGACUACAAUGCCACCUACGACAGUUUCCCCCGGUCAUCCAUGCAAGCUGGUCGGCUCGGGCGUGGGCCCAAUGUUCUGCAAAAGAACAACCGCAAAUUCGCCGACGCUUACGAGUAUGAGCGGGAUUCUUCCCAUCACUCCGGCAGUUCGGGCGCUGCCCGCAAGGUGAUGGACUUUUUCCGACGUCGUGCCAAGUCUCGAGCUGGUGGUGACGACAGGUGA